UGUGAGGCCCAAAGCACCAAACCCAGUAAUGGGUUGGCCCAAUGUGAUCUUCUGCAACCAUGGUGACGAAAGGAAUGAACCCAAAACCCUUAGAAUUAGAACCCCAGCAGCAGCAGCGGAAGAAGCAGCUGCCUAGGAAGUUCGCCAAAACCCCUGUUUCACUCGCAAAGGAGAUUUCUUGGUUACUAUAAUCUGUUUUUUCUCGGAUUUAAAAAAUGAGAGUCAAGAAGCAGAAACGCCACCGCAGGGCGGUGAGGUUCUACACAUCGUGUUUUGGGUUCAGGCAACCCUUCAAGGUUCUCUGCGACGGGACAUUUGUGCAUAACCUUAUAGUAAAUUGCGUUGCACCCGCCGAUAAAGCUCUGUCUAACAUCCUUGGUGGCUCCGUCAAGCUCUUCACAACAAGAUGUGUUCUUGAGGAGCUCAAAAGAAUUGGUAGUGCCUAUUCUGAAUCUCUUCAGGCAGCUCACAGACUCAUGAUUGCAAGAUGUGAUCAUGAGGAUAAAAAGAGUGCGGAAGCUUGCAUUGCGGAGAUUAUUGGAGAGAAUAACCCUGAGCAUUUUUUUGUUGCUACCCAGGACUUUGGUUUGAGGAAGAAGUUUAGGGAGGUACCAGGUGUCCCUCUCAUAUUUGGUCUAAGAAAUGCUCUCUUCCUUGAGCCGCCAUCUGCAUUUCAACAUGAGUUUGUCAAAACUUCUGAAGAACAACGCUUACAUGCAACUGAGUUAGAAUAUAAAAUGUUGAAAAAUAGGACCAAGAGCACAUCAACAAAUGAGGAAUCUGGACAUUCUUCUGAUGAAAAUAAAGGUCCAGGAGAAAUGCAGCCUGUUAAAAAGAAGGACAGUGCAAGAAGGAGAAUGGAUGGUAAGGAUAGACCUCAAUUUAAAAGAAAGAAAGCGAAGGCACCAAAUCCACUUUCAUGCAAGAAGAAAAAGAAGGAUGUAAACCCUAAGCCUUCAUCAGACAAGGAAAGUAAUGCUGGCAACAAUGCUACGAGGAGUAGGAGCAGGAAAAGAAAGAGAUCACGUAAAAGCAAAAAUCUCACAGAGAUGGACAGCAAAUAGACUACUCGGGCAAAUUAGGGGUGCUUCAAAGUUGGGUUUGCAAUGAAGUAAACAUUCAUUAGAUUAGUUAAUUUGAUGCAAUAUAAAGCUUAACUGUGACUGCUGAUGUGUAAAAUGAGAUUUUAUUUUCAGAUUAAAUUAGAAGUGGAAAAUACGGUUUUCUUUA